CGCAGUGCUGAAUUUCCCUUCCCUUCCUUUCCUGCCUUCCUCCCUGGCCGGCAGCAUGGCGACGGAUUCCUGGGCGCUGGCCGUGGACGAGCAGGAAGCGGCCGCCGAGUCGCUGAGCAGCCUGCACCUGAAAGAAGAGAAGCCCAAGCCAGACGCCAAUGGAGCCGUGGUCAAGACCGAAGACCAUGCCGAGAAGGCCGAAGACGAGGAGAAAGAGGACCGGGCGGCCCAGUCCUUGCUGAACAAGCUCAUCCGCAGCAACCUGGUGGACAACACGAACCAGGUGGAGGUGCUCCAGCGCGACCCCAACUCGCCCCUCUACUCCGUCAAGUCCUUUGAGGAGCUGCGGCUGAAGCCGCAGUUGUUGCAGGGCGUCUAUGCCAUGGGUUUCAACCGGCCGUCGAAGAUCCAAGAGAACGCCUUGCCCAUGAUGCUGGCCGAGCCCCCGCAGAACCUGAUUGCGCAGUCCCAGUCUGGCACGGGCAAGACGGCGGCCUUCGUGCUGGCCAUGCUCAGCCGCGUGGAACCCGAUCACAAGCACCCGCAGUGUCUGUGCCUCUCCCCCACGUAUGAGCUGGCGCUUCAGACCGGGAAGGUGAUCGAACAGAUGGGCAAGUUCUACCCAGAACUGAAGCUCGCCUACGCCGUUCGAGGCAACAAGUUGGAGCGCGGCCAGAAGAUUGCAGAGCAGAUCGUCAUUGGCACUCCGGGCACUGUCCUUGACUGGUGCUCCAAGCUGAGGUUCAUUGAUCCCAAGAAGAUCCGGGUCUUCGUCUUGGAUGAGGCGGACGUCAUGAUUGCCACCCAGGGCCACCAGGACCAGAGUAUCCGGAUCCAGAGGAUGCUCCCCCGGGACUGCCAGAUGCUCCUCUUCUCGGCCACCUUCGAAGACUCGGUCUGGAAGUUUGCGCAGAAGGUGGUCCCGGACCCCAACAUCAUCAAGCUGAAGCGGGAGGAGGAGACGCUGGACACCAUCAAGCAGUACUACGUCCUCUGCAACAGCCGGGAGGAGAAGUUCCACGCCCUUUGCAACAUCUACGGCGCCAUCACCAUUGCCCAGGCCAUGAUCUUCUGCCAUACGCGCAAAACGGCCGGCUGGUUGGCCGGGGAGCUCUCGAAGGAAGGGCACCAAGUGGCCCUCUUGAGUGGAGAGAUGAUGGUGGAGCAGCGGGCCGCCGUCAUUGAGCGCUUCCGGGAGGGCAAGGAGAAGGUGCUGGUGACUACCAACGUCUGCGCCAGAGGGAUUGAUGUGGAGCAGGUCUCGGUGGUCAUCAACUUCGACCUCCCGGUGGACAAGGAUGGGAAUCCCGACAACGAGACGUACCUCCACCGCAUCGGCCGCACGGGGCGCUUCGGCAAGCGGGGCCUGGCCAUCAACAUGGUGGACAGCAAGCACAGCAUGAACAUCCUCAACAGGAUCCAGGAGCAUUUCAAUAAGAAGAUCCACAAACUGGACACCGACGAUUUGGACGAGAUCGAGAAAAUCGCCAACUAAAAUCGCCCCUGUUGUCCUCUUCGGGGGGGGGACCCCCCGUCGGGUCCGGCGCCCGUCCGCAGGCCAAAAAAAGGGGGACGCCUUUCGUUACACGGGAAUUGCGUCGGAAUUCAACACAAAACAACACACAUUUGGAUUUUCCAAGAUUUUCCGAGAAAGUGCGAACUCUG